GAGGUUCCGGAAGAUGAGAUAGAGUUGGAUAGGUAUGGGAUGCCUAAAGUAAAAGAAGGACAAGUGAUUAGAUUAGAUAGUAAUAAACCUGGGAGGAUAUGGAGUGUUUAUAAGAAAGUUCCUAGUUUAGAGGAGAUAGUAAAAGAAGAGUUGCAUGAUGUAGCCCAAGAACAGUAUAUAUUGCAAGAAGGGAGUGCUUUGGAGAUUCAGACUUGGAGGUUGAAGAAGGAUAAGGCUUUGU